CUUGAUUACGACAAAAGUAUGGCGGCAGUGACGAGUGAACGGGGUGAUCUAUGCAAGGUUCUUCUCUUUAGGUUUAAUUGUAAGACCUUGACGGCCAUAUGCAGUGGUUGCUUGUUCUUUUUGCACUAAAAUGCCCCUACUUGACUUAUUACGUAGCAACUAAUUCAUAUUUGGCAAAUUAACCCCCGAGUGAAGUCGACGCGUCCACCUACCGCCGAGUACCAUCAAAUGAUGCAAGCGAUUUCACUUCUUAACAUUUUAAAACCCUCCUCUCGCUUCGCAGCUUCAUUGCAAAGACGACUCUGUCCCUCGAUCGCCGGUGCCACCGCUCCGGUUAGCGUUCACUUACUCCGGAAUCUCUCGCAAAGUUACCGAGUCUCGGUUCCUCCUCCGUGGUGUUGUGGUACUGUGCAGCAUCAAGAAAUGGCUUCUGAUGAUGGACAAGACCCAAGAAUCAGUCGGAUUUCUUCCGUUAUUCGUGUUAUUCCAGACUUCCCGAAACCAGGGAUCAUGUUUCAAGACAUAACGACGUUACUUCUUGAUACAAAGGCUUUCAGGGAUACUAUUGAUCUGUUUGUUGAGAGGUAUAAAGACAAAAACAUAUCCGUCGUUGCAGGUAUUGAAGCAAGGGGUUUUAUAUUUGGACCUCCAAUUGCAUUGGCUAUUGGGGCAAAAUUUGUUCCUAUGAGGAAACCCCAUAAGCUUCCUGGGGAGGUUAUUUCUGAGGAAUAUGCUUUGGAGUAUGGAACAGAUGUAAUGGAGAUGCAUGUUGGUGCUGUAGAAGCAGGUGAACGUGCUUUGGUUGUAGAUGAUCUCAUUGCAACUGGUGGAACCUUGUGUGCUGCAAUCAGGCUUCUUGAGCGAGUUGGGGUGCACGUGGUUGAGUGUGCUUGUGUGAUUGAAUUGCCAGAGCUACAGGGUCGGAAAAGGCUAGGAGAUAAGCCUCUAUUUGUUCUUGUAAGCUCAACUUGAUGUCAGUUUUGGGUUCAAGUGCACAAUUUUCAGCCAUAUGGAUUGUAAUUGAUGGAGCACUGCUCAGACCUCAAGAACGUUUGAGUAGGGAAUAGGCUUUGUUUGAUAAUAAGGGUGUAUUAGACUGCUAUUAGAGCAUUGUCAUUAUAUUUUUCUCGUAUUUUAGGUAAUAGGAUGAGGCAAUAACUGUAGGGAAACUGGGUUUGCCAUUGAAUUGAUGCACCAUGCGUUUAUUUUUAGUGUGUAUGAGAAGAAUCUUUCUUGUAUCAUUCCCAAUAUGAAGCUGGAAAUUUGCUUACAA